AUGAGAUUUAUUGUUAUCUUCCUUCUUUUCGCCGCUUUGCUUGUUGCUGGCGACUCUGGCAAGAUCGGCCAACCUUGCAAGACCGAUGCUGACUGCGCCAAUGUGUCAGUGCCUCCGGGAUUUUACGCUGGAUGCAGAUACACAAUGGAAGGAGGAUUUUGCACCUUACUGCAUAAGCUGUCCUCAACGCCCGCAUUGUGA